UCUCUUUUGUCUGCAUUUCCCUCCAACAUGGACUCCGUUCAAAGCCUUUUACCUUAUUUAAUCCCUGUUGUUCUUGCAGCCGGAACUGCUUAUUUUUUUGUAAAUAAAAAGAGCGAGGUAUUAGAUGCCAAGGUGUUCAAAAACUUUAAAUUAGCUGAGAAGAUUGUCAUUUCUCAUAACACAGCAAUUUAUCGUUUCGCCUUGCCUCGUAAAGAUGCUUGUUUGGGUCUUCCUAUUGGUCAACAUGUAUCCGUUAUGGCAGAGAUUAAUGGUAAACAGGUUUCUCGUAGUUAUACACCCACAACUUCUGAUGAUGAUCUUGGUCAUUUCGAUUUGCUUAUCAAGUCCUAUCCUCUUGGUAACAUUUCUAGAAAGUUCAGUGAGCUCAAGAUUGGGGAUGAAAUGGCUGUUAGAGGCCCCAAGGGUAACUUCAACUAUACUCCUAAUAUGUGUAGAGCUAUCGGUAUGAUUGCUGGUGGUACUGGUAUCACCCCCAUGCUCCAGAUUAUUCAUGCUAUUUGCAAGAACCCUGCAGACAAAACCAAGGUCAGCCUUAUUUUCGGUAAUGUAAGUGAGGAAGAUAUUUUACUUCGCGAGGAAUUAGAUGGGCUUGCCGCCAAACAUGAUAAUAUUACUGUAUAUCACGUUUUGAACACUCCUCCUCCUAACUGGACACAAGGUUCUGGCUUUGUCAAUGCUGCCAUGAUCAAGGAGCAGUGCCCUCCCCCUGCUAGUGAUGUCAAGAUGUUGCUUUGUGGUCCUUUGCCUAUGGUGAAAGCCAUGACCGAGAAUUUGAUUGAAUUAGGUUACGAUAAGCCUCGUGCUGUCAGUCAACUUGCCGAUCAAGUUUUCAAGUUUUAAGUAUAGUAAUAAUAGUAAUAAAAAUAAAGAUAUCAUGGCCAUUCAGGGCAUAUUCUGAGACAA